GAAACAGAAGAAAAAAUCUCCCGCCCCAUCCGCUCGUCUUUUUAAACCAAGGCGGGACGACGCGUCGCUUCAUUCACUUCACCAGUGUAGUUGUUGUUGAAACACCGUUUGACGUUACACGUCGCUACCAAUAUGGUGAGGACUAAAGCCGACAGUGUCCCCGCAUCAUACAGAAAAGCUGUUGCAGCAGCUGCACCCAGGAAGUCCCUGGGCUCCAGUUCAGCCAAUGCCUCCUCCUCCAGCAGCCAGUCAACCACACCUGCAAAGGGCAAGUAUGCAGGUGGGAACCCAGUGUGUCCCCGUCCCACGCCGGACUGGCAGAAGGGCAUCGGAGACUUCUUUGGCGGGCCCCCGAGGAAGCCUGAGAAGGAGAACCAGAAGCCCCAGGAGGUAGAGGAUGAUGAAGAGGCCGGAGGCAGCGGGAUGUCAAAAGCCCCCAAGAAGUGCCGACCGCUGCCUGCCGAGGAAGAGGAGGAUGAAUGAAUCCAAAGAAGGAAUCUGUUGGUGACGUCUGGUCCCGUCACUUCCUCCACCGUUGCUUCGUGGCAGGUUGAAUGGCAAAUGGUUUUAAUGUACAUCUGUAUAUAUAGUUUCUGAUGAAUCCACUUUGUAUAGUUCAAUAAACUUUUUUUUAAAAUGGUUUUAACCUG